AUGAUAGCCUCUGCUAACCACCAUUUUUGCCUUGUUGCUAAAUGGACUACCUUCCAUCGUCUGAUAAACCCAACACCACCACUCACCGUUUCUUUCUCUGUCUAUGGGUCAGUAACAGAGGCGUCAGAGGGAGGUGGCGGUGUCGGUUGUAACGGUGACGAAGCUGGCGUAGAUGGUGUCGGCAAUCACCACGCUCCACCGACGUCAUCCCAUCAACCGCAUGAUCAUCGAUACCUUCAAACACCAAGCUCCACCGACGUCAUCCCUUCCUUCAACCACAAGCGGCGUCACCAUCGUUAUUGCAUUCAAGCAUUGAAUAACGUCAAGACCUCUAAGCCGUAA